CAGUAAUGCACCCAGUUGAAGCAGACGACAGGUGGUGUGUUUUUGGAUAUAAUAUUCGAUCUCUGUAGAAAUAAAUUCAGUUUGACUAUUAUUAUAUUUGAUAUUGUCGAAUGGAUUUAGAGCUUUCUUUAAGUGUUUGAUAAACAAAUUUAGUUUGCGACUUUAACAUUUCGCUAUUUUGGAGUUUAUCUAUAGUGAAAAUUCUGAAACCACACCAAGAAUGAAAUCUCAAUAACACUUUUGGGCAAAACAAAUACAGAAAGAACAAAUUAUUUUGUUUCAAAAAUAUCACUUUAAAAGUUCAAAGACUAAAAAAAAACAGUUUCAAAUAUGUGAUUAGUCAGAGAAACUCUUAGAGCACAAUGUUGUUUGUCCACUAGUCCUGGGGUCCGAGAUUAACGUCAUUAUGUACACUAGGAAAGAUAAAAGUCCAAGACUUCUGACCCCUGGAUUUGAACAUUUGAACAAUUUUGUGCUUUUCGAUGAUGGCGGGGAUGUUUUCGUCAAAAAGAUUGACCAGGACGAGUCACUGACCACCAACCUGGUUCAGUUUACGAAAUGUUCCUUGUCAGAAGAUUGUACGUACUACACAAUGACCAUCAAAUCGAUCACAGAAGGUGAAUUCGUUAUGUUUGGCUUGACCAACAGAUGUGUUCCUGGCAAUCCUAUGUGGACCAUUGACCGUUCAGUGCGUUACCAUAGCAACGACGGAGGCAUAUUCAAUGGCGGUCUUGGAAUUAAGACCUAUCAUCCUUACACUAUAGGAGACCGUGUCACCUGUAGGCUGGAUUAUACAGGACCAGAUCGUUGUCUUAUUAAUUUCCUGAAGAAUGACCAUUUGAUCUACAGACAGUGGGUGAAUCUUCCACCCGGCCAACUGUAUCCAACCAUAGGAUUGUCCAGAACGGAAGCCAAACUGAGGGUUGAUUGGCCCAGACCUGGCAAAGGAGACAUUGACAUAAAGAAGGAGCUGACCUCCAACUGGUUUGGUUGGACGGGGAUAUCAAGAGAUGAUGACAAAAAGGUGGUCACUCUGACAGAAGCAGACAAGGAAGUGGAGAGAACAGCUUAUAAUAUCCAAUGUCCAGUGGCCUUCAGUCAAAAUUUCACCUAUUUUGAGGUAGAGGUCGUCAACAAAUCGCAGGACGUCAGUGGCCCAGGCUGCAAUUCAAUUGGACUAGUCCCUGGCAACUGUGAACCUUUUAUUAUGCCAGGCUGGGCAGCGUGUUCAAUAGGCUAUCACAAUGAUGACGGGAUACUUUAUUGUGACGGAGAAGAACAAAAAGUGGAAACGACGAGCUUAAAAAUGUGCAAACCUGGCGAUAAGAUGGGCUGUGGCAUUGUCUUCCCAGAGAUCGAGUCACGUCACUUCCGGGAGCCUAUUCUUGUGCUCGUGUACUUUACCAAGAACGGGGAGCUAGUGUACAAGAAAAGGACGAGGCAGCCGAGGGGCGGAUUCUUUCCGUGUGUUGGGUUUCACAAGCAAGGUGAUUCCGUCAAGCUAAUACUCGACUGCCAGCCCCCAAAGUCUUUCCACCAAGAACUGGUCACAGCAUUGAACUCUGCUGACGUCACAGCGGAUUUCCGAUGCAGUGAACUAAUAGAGUUCAGUGAGUUGGCGCCGAGCUCGGCCACGUUCACUCUGACUGACUCGGACGAUCACCCGCAACUAGUCCAGUACCUGAGAUACCCUCUCUCAGAUGUAGGGGAUGGAUUCCAUAUAGAGGUGUUACAGUUAGCUUCUAGUACAGAUAUUCAGCUGGGCAUAUCACUUUCUGGUCAUCCAAUGGAAGGAAGCUUUCUGGGGUCAAAUGUCACAUCCUGUGGCUACCAGUUAAAGAUUGGAAGUUUAACCAGCAAGGACGGCACAAGGACUGUAGCAAAGUGGACAGGACAGAGGGAGAUCAUCUCUUGUUAUUUGGAUUAUAAAGAUGAAGUCAUCGCCAUCCUUUGUUUCAAGAACAAUUCAGGGGAGAUGAUCGGGCGUGCAACUGUUGCUCUGAACGGCCAAGUGAGUGGUCUGCUGGCGUCAGUUGUCAUGCUGUCAGGACCUUGCACCAUCCGGAUGAAUUGGUCUAGGUCUCUUUACAAUACUCUUAAUCUGGACAGAGCAUGGGGAGAAGCUGACCAAUGGCUGAGACCUCUUGGGGUGAUAGCCACUAAAAACAAACUGACUCUCAAAAGCGCCAACAGCUAUUCGUUUGCAGCCAACGCCCAGUGCCGACAGCCGAUGUUGACAGGAUCCUCUUUUUUUAGCAUCAAACUCCUAUCUGGUGACAGUCUUCCUGGCAUUGGGCUCAGCAAGGCGGUCAGUGAUGUGAACAAUGUGCUUGGGUCAGAGUCUGGUGAGGUCAGCUUCCUUCCUUCUACUGGAGACUUGAUCAUUAACAAUACCAAGUGGCGUCUGAUAUCUCCACCAACUUUUACCAAGGGAGACAUCCUCCAGUGUGGAAUGAUCUUCACGGGGGCCGACAGAGCAGCUCAGAAGGGGGUGGUCUACUUCUGCCUCAACGACCAGCCAUUCUAUCACUGUCCGUUCAACGUGGCUUACGGUGGUGUCUACCCAACAAUAGUCUUCCCAUCAUCAGGGAGCAGUGCAGAAAUUCUACAAACCAGUCGGAGCCAGCCAAUACCAGAACAUGUUGCUGCCGAGUGGCUUAACAAUGACACCAUGGAAGGUGUAGUACCGCACGUGGCAUCUGAAAUGCUGAAGAAAGACGCCUACGUUGACGACAAUAUGGCGGACGGAGCAGACGGUCUUUUUGUCAUUGAAUCAACCCAGUCUGAUAGACACAUUUAUCUCAGCCAUACAGUUAGAGAUAAAGAGAGAAUUGAGCCGUUUAUAAAUGUACUUCGAAGGCACUACAGGAACUACGAGUUUGAAACUUCAGCCAGCUGUGUCGGGAUGACCAACAAGCAAGAAGCCAUUCAGAAGUCUGAGCUGAUCGUCAUCUUCAUGUCAGACUUGUACAGCGAGAGCCAUGAAAUGGUGUUGGAGUACUCUUGUUUCGGAGGCAAACCAGUGAUCUUGGCAGCAGACAGUAGGAUGACCUGGCCCCCACAAAACUAUUUCAUAGAUGACCCAAACGUUGCCAGACUCCCAAGGGUCUUCAUUGACACAGUCCAGGAUCAUGAGAGUGUGAACAACCUCAUCAAUUUAAUGAACGAUCUUCUGGAUGGAAUGAAUGAAAAAGAAGCCAAGAGUAUUAUGAAAAAAGGAAGAGGUAAGAAAUUGGGCCAGAUGAAUUCAUCCUCGACUUGCCAGAUUUUCUAGCAGAGAAUUCCUUAUUGAUAAAAUCAAUGAAACGACUAAAAACUUACCAUGUGUUGUGCAAUCAAAGGGAAGAAUCGAUAAUGAUCUGUAAAUGUAGAUCUAGAUCUUUGUAUAUGUAUUUUAUGUUACGGAACUAAAUCUUUUGGGGAUUUUCAUUUUAAAGGUUCUUCACGGUAAUCUGCUCUUGGUUUUCAAACUUGAGUUUUAUUUGAUGCUACAGUGCUUAAAUAAGAAGCAAAAGUUAUUAGGUGAUUUUCAAAAAUGUAAACUCUUAUAAGUCUAUGUGUAAAGUAUUCUGUGCAUCGGAGACACCAAAAAGCUUGCUAUUUAUAGAUUCACCUUAAUUUCAUGAACAUCUCCAAUUCACUUUCCAUGAGCCUGUGUUUUGUAAAGGUCUAUUUCGUGAACGUGUGGUGCCCCGGCUUCUUAUUUGAAAUGCUAUUUACACAAUAAUGUGUCCAAUGGAAAUAAACCUUUGUACAUAAAAUAAUUGCUUUGACUUUGUAGUAGUAAAUAAUAUAAUGUGGAAUCUUUCAACUAUUUCUACUCUGCACGAUCAAAACUUUUCAAGCUUGUUGUUUGUUUGUAUUAUAAUGUUACUCUUUUGUAAAAGACAAAGUGUUUCAAAUUAUAUGUCUAAAAAUUCACUGAUGUUAAA